AUGAAGUAUUUCGCGCUUUUAAUCGGCUUUCUCACUCUCUUAACGCCUAGUCUGAGCCUGGCAACACGCUACCUUCCCCGCUCUCCUGUGCCGGAGCCCGCGCCUGGAAUUUUGGACAACAUCAACGACUUGUUUGGCGACUUGGUCGACGAUAUAAGCGACGCGGGAAAGAAGGUUUGGUCCAAGCUCGACGACGGGCAAAAGAAGAUCUUGGACGGCAACAAGAGCCUCACGGCUGAUGGGUGCAAGAUCGUGCCUUGUGGGGUGGAAUUGGGCGUGACAUCGGCGACUUGUCUCGUUGCUGUUCUGGGACGCAAGGGAGCUGGAAAGACGGCAGACCAUCUGGGCUGCUUGGCUUCGUUUCGUAAUUGGAGCGCUGACGUUUGA